AGCUGCACCAACGCUGCCGUGGUGCACUGCAGCCCCGCCGCACAGCUGGCGGCCAGAGCUCCCCGCCGGCUGCAGGAGCCCUCGGCUCGGUACCACCGAGGGGUCCUGGUGUGCUACCGCUCUCUCCUUCCGCCGUUUCCUUUCCUGCCCGCUGCUCUCCGCUGCUGUCCUGGCGUGGGUGGUGGACACGCUGUGCUUGGGAUGCAGUGCUGCUGCACCCCUUUCUUGGUCACAGGGGCAUCACGAUGGGGUGUGGGGUGUGUCUCCCUCUGAGCAGAUGCCAAGGGCCAGUGGACACAGGUGAGGCAAGUGAGACGCCUCAGUAGGUGUGGAUGGCUCCUGUAUGCUGAAAGUGGCACCGCAGGGGAGCUCAGAUCGGCACGGGGAGGGGACGCAACACAAAGGCUACGAGGGGGAGCUUUGACUGGUCUUGAGGGCCAUGGUGCUGUCACAACCACGGGCAGUGCAUGCACUCAGCCCCGAGUGCACGGGCAGCAGGUGACUUAGAGCAGGGCGGUGGUACUGAAACUCGCCUGCUUUGGCUUGCAGAGAGUAGCAAGGAAGAUGGCUUCAGAGCCUUGUUCCUCCAAAGUGAAGGUGAGGGAAGGUUGCUGAGGGGGGAGGUCUCUGGUGGGAGGGGGCAAAGUUGGGAAUUGCAAGGAGGGGUUUAAAGUCACUCUAGGGGAGAGAGCUGUUCAGGAGCAGUUCCCUUGGACCAGAUCAAGGGAGCAGGUUAGUUCUCAGCAUGGUGUUAGGACUAUGCCUGGGAAGGCAGUUCCAGCAUGUGCCUGUGUUAUGUAAACUCUGUUAGUCUGUCUUCUGCAUUGAACACUGUACCUUCCUUGGGUCUCCAUAGCACUUAGUGAUCACUAGGCACCUUGAUAGCCCUCCCGAGAGUCUCUAUGCAUUGCCACAUCAGCAUUGUGCCUGUCGAGCCUUUCUUGUCUUGUAAUUCCAGCUUAAGGUGUGGAUCUGUCUGGCGUGUAGAUGUUUUUGAGUGGUCAUCUCUCACAGUGGUGAGCUGGGUGGCACCUUCAGUUCCACUUCUGUGAGUUCUCUUUCGACGCAGUUGUCUCUAGGGAUUGAAUUCCCAUGUCCAUAACAGUCUUUUGUCUUAAAACUCGGCUUCUUGCUCAUCCAUCAUUCUGGUUUUGAUCGCUCUUAUCCACAUCUCCCCUGAUGGCUGCAGCAGUCACCAUUUUCUGGGGCUGCUGUAGAGCAGCUGCACUGUCAUGGCACUGUUGGACUCUGCUGGUGGGUGCCAUAUUCCCUCUGGAAGUCAUUGUUGCUCAUGCGCUUAUCGCAUCUCAGAGUCACGGUGUUUGCGGUGUUGGGUGUCCACGUCACACCUGGGUGUAGCAAUACUAAGAUAGGGUAGAUCAGCCUCAGGGUAGUGUGGUAGUACAUUGAUCUGUCUAGAUACUUUUGGCAAAGACUUUACACUUCAUCUCUGUAACUUUGUAAGUCAGUUGUGAUUUCUAAAGAUCUUUUAAAUUAUAGGUUAAAAAAGGUGUGAGUAUAUGGAGUGUUUUAUAAGGUGUAUUUAGUGCCAGAGAAAAUUGUGCCUAGUCAAAAUGUGGAUUGAAACAUUUUAGUGGCAUAUGUUACAUGAUGCUACUAUACAAAGCAGUGUUAGUGUUCUAAAACAUUUUUACAAGCACGUGUUUAAGACAACUACAGAGGUAAGCAAACUUUGUGAUUAAUAUGGGGAUCUUUUUGUAUCAAAACUCCUGAGCAGGAAGAAAACAUUGCUGAAGUGCCUCUUAAAACUGUGAAUGGUGAAGAAUUGAUGCGGGGUAAAUUACAUUUAAAGGCAGUACCCUUGCUUUAAAGAGGAGAGCACUUUCCUUGUGUUCCUGGGGCCCUUGAGUAUUUAUAAUGAAACCCAGUUCUGUGUACUGCUGUAUUAUUUUACAGCUGCAGCUCGACAACUUCUACCAGCAGGGCCUAUCUCGCAGUGUGGAGGCGGGAGGGGCCGUGCUGGAGGGGCCGUGCUGGAGGGGCCGUGCUGGAAUGGCGGGGCUUGAGGGGCCGUGCUGGGGGGGCCGUACUGGAGGGGCCGUGCUGGAGGGGCGGGGCUGAGGGGCCGUGCUGGAGGGGCCGUGCUGGAGGGGCGGGGCUGAGGGGCCGUGCUGGAGGGGCGGGGCUGAGGGGCCGUGCUGGGGGGGCCGUGCUGGAGGAGCGGGGCUGAGGGGCCGUGCUGGAGGGGCGGGGCUGAGGGGCCGUGCUGGAGGGGCGGGGCUGAGGGGGCUCUGCUGAGGGGUCGCGCCAUGGCGGGCGGGGGCGGGGUGGUGACCACCUCGGAUUCUUACACAGGCCGCGGCUCUUCCACGCCCGGUGUGGGCGGGCGGGCGGAGCAGACGCCCCGCUACACCCUGGGGCUUCUGCAGACGCCGCACAGCUCAGAGAGCUCUGGGGCCUCCUCCAACCGCGGGGCACGGCCGGGCGGCUCCAGCGGGGAAGACCUCGCAGCCGGCCGUGCUGCCGGAACCAGCGCGGCGAAGCCGGCGGUUUCCGAAAGGGGAGAAUCCUAUUUUGGGGACAAAAGUUCUUGUGUAGAAAAUGCUAACACUUUGAAUCUCACUAGUUCUUCUUCUGUGCAAGGCCUGAAUAGUACACGUAUAGGAAAAACACCUCUCUCUUCUGGUAGAUCUGGCUGCAGAAGCCAUACCCCUCUUAUAGGAUAUUCAGUUACAUCCUCCUCUGCAGUUUCUGCUCAUUCUGUUGGAUCAGUUAUUGUAGCUGUAGUAGAAGGAAGAGGACUUGCCAGAGGUGAAGUAGGAAUGGCCAGUAUAGAUUUAAAAAAUCCCGAGAUGAUAUUAUCACAAUUUGCAGACAAUACAACUUAUGCCAAGGUUAUUACUAAACUCAAGAUUUUAACACCACUAGAAAUAAUAAUGUCAAACACUGCUUGUGAUGUGGGGAAUACAACAAAAUUGUUCAGUCUGGUAACAGAGCAUUUCAAGAAUGUGACUUUUACAACUGUCCAGAGAAAAUACUUCAAUGAAACGAAGGGUUUGGAGUACAUAGAACAACUGUGUGCAUCUGAAUUUAGCACCAUUUUCAUGGAAGUCCAAUCAAAGUAUUACUGUCUCGCAGCUGCUGCAGCUUUGCUAAAAUAUGUUGAAUUUAUUCAAAACGCCGUUUAUGCUCCUAAAUCACUCAAGGUGCGUUUCCAGGGGAGUGAGAAAACAGCUAUGAUAGAUUCAUCAUCAGCACAAAAUCUUGAACUAGUGAUUAAUAACAGAGAUUCUCGGAAUGGUCACACACUUCUUGGUGUUUUAAAUUACACUAAAACUCCCGGUGGAAGUCGAAGACUUAGGUCCAAUAUCCUGGAACCUCCAGUUGAUGCUGAAACAAUUAACACACGACUGGACUGUGUUCAGGAAUUACUCCAGGAUGAGGAGCUCUUUUUUGGUCUUCAAGCAGUUAUCUCAAAAUUCCUGGAUACAGAACAACUACUUUCAGUUUUGGUACAGAUUCCAAAGCAGGAUACAGUUAAAACUGCUGAAUCAAAAAUAACUAAUUUAAUCUACCUGAAACAUACCUUAGAACUUGUGGAACCUCUGAAAGCUGCUUUAAGAAGCUGUAACACACAGCUGCUAAAGGCUUAUUACAGUUCUCUUGAAGAUACCAGGUUUGGAAUUAUACUUGAAAAGAUUACAAGUGUAAUCAAUGAUGAUACAAGAUACACAAAAGGAUGUUUGAAUAUGAGGACCCAGAAGUGCUACGCUGUUAAGCCUAACAUCAAUGAGUUCCUUGACAUAGCCCGUAGAACAUACACGGAAAUUGUUGAUGACAUAGCAGGUAUGAUAACACAACUUGCAGAAAAGUACAGUCUGCCAAUGAAAACAAGUUUCAGCUCUGCUCGUGGAUUUUUUAUCCAGAUGAAUGCUGAUUGUUCAACAUUACCUAAUGGCCAGUUUCCUUCAGAAUUUACAAAGAUCACGAAAAUUAAAAACACGUACAGCUUCACUUCAGCAGAUUUAAUAAAAAUGAAUGAAAGAUGUCAGGAGUCCCUGAGAGAAAUAUAUCACAUGACCUACUUAAUAGUGUGUAAACUACUGAAUGAGAUCUAUGAACACAUUCAUUGCCUGUACAAGUUGUCUGACAUUGUGUCUAUGCUGGAUAUGCUGCUUUCAUUUGCCCAUGCCUGCACUCUUUCCGAUUAUGUUCGUCCAGAAUUUACUGAUACUUUAGCAAUCAAGCAGGGAUGGCAUCCCAUUCUUGAAAAGAUAGCUAUGGAAAAACCUGUAUCUAACAACACGUACCUGACAGAGGGCAACAAUUUUGUCAUUAUUACAGGACCAAACAUGAGUGGAAAGUCAACAUACCUGAAACAGAUUGCUCUCUGUCAAAUUAUGGCACAGAUUGGUUCUUAUGUCCCAGCAGAGUAUUGUUCUUUUCGAAUUGCAGAGCAGAUUUUUACCAGAAUAGGUAUGGAUGAUGAUAUUGAAACAAAUGCAUCAACAUUCAUGAAGGAAAUGAAAGAGAUAACGUACAUCAUACAAAAUGCUAAUGAUAAGUCACUCAUCAUUAUCGACGAGCUUGGCAGAGGUACCAGUGCCGAAGAAGGUAUUGGCAUUUGUUAUGCUGCCUGUGAAUAUCUGUUGAACUUAAAGGCAUUUACACUGUUUGCUACACAUUUCCUGGAACUAUGUCAUAUAGAUGCUUUAUAUCCCAAUGUGGAAAACUACCAUUUUGAAGUGCAACAUGUGAGAAGCAGUGCUGGAAAUAAGGAGAAAAUUGCUUACUCUUACACACUUUCUAAAGGAUAUACAGAGGAAAAGAACUAUGGUAAGGGAUUCCAUUGUGACUUACAGUUGGGAAAAGUUACACAAGAUAUUAUUUUUGUCAUUAGGCAUUUAGCAGUAUUUUUUCUGAUGACAGGUUUCUCUUGAGUUUGUGCCUCUCUCAAAGAGAGAGAUACAGAGAUCUAAAAUUUGUCCCAAAUCAGUGUAUGUUUUAAGUAACUACAUAGAGGGAGAGUAGUUUCGGGUAGUAUGAAGAACUUACAUGAUAUUUUGUAGAGAAAAAAAAAAAUCUUCCUGCUGUCUGUAUAUCCUUGAUUCAUGUCUGUUGGAACUAGUUGGAGUUUGUUGAAUCUGCGCUUACAGAAGCGAAUGUUUGUUCUGGAAAGAGUUCAAGCUGCGUCUGCCAUAAUCAGCGGUAUGGCUGGUUAACAGCAGGUUGGCCCUUUUUGAUUAGCCAAAAAGAAUCAAGUUGCUUUAAAAAAGGAGAGGAAUUUUACAAUAUAUCAGGCUAAGACCAUUUUAAGAGGAUGUACAAAAGCAUCAGUGUUCUCUGUAAGGUGGAUUUAUUUCUCUUUUAAGUUUAGAAUAUAUUAUAGUCUAGAUUGUACAGAUUGAUUAAUUAUGGGUCAAUGAAGAAAAGAGUGAAUGACAAAGAUCUAAAGAAAUCUGUAUGCUUCCAAGUACUAGAUUCGGAUGUUGAUUCCUUGAUUUAGGUAACAUUUAAUUAGGAGGAAAUUAGCUGCAUGUAACUUUUUGCAAGCUAUUGGUAACCGAAGACUAGAAAUUAUUUUAGUUAAGCUUCAAGUAACAGAACUUAAAGAUUUUCUUGGUCAGAAUUUCAGAAUAAGUUUGUUUAACUCUGGCAGCACAAGCUCAGUUUUAGAUGCUGCACUACCACUAACUCUGAAGAACUGUAUGUAUAGAGAGUCAUCUCUGAGGAGACCUCAGUGCUCGUAUCUUGGCUUCACCUUACUUGAGAAAAGUCACAUUCUAAGAAAGGGCGCAAGGGCUCUUCAUGAGACUUUUUCAUUUUUAAACCUGCAGUAUUAAACCACCCAAUGAACCACAGACUUUCCAGGAGUACAGUCA